GACGUUUACGAAUUCAAGAUCGUUCAGGUUUACAGCUCUGCCACCGUCCGUCCGCCGCAUCCAUGGCGCUGCGGCGUCUCGCCCGCCGCCUGGCGACCGUCCCCUUUCCACCCCGGCUCCUCCCACUCCCCAUCCCCGACUCCCCCGGCCACCUCCGCUUCUCCACCUCCUCCAAGCCGCACUUCAUGGCAGAAGAGUACCUCGUCUCCACCUGCGGCCUCUCGCCGGAGGCGGCCGCCAAAGCCGCCCCUCGGUUCUCGAGCCUCGCCACCGCCGACAGGCCGGACGCCGUGCUCGCCUUCCUCCGCUCGCAGGGCCUCGGCAAGGCGCAGGUGCGCGCCAUCGUGUCCCACAAGCCCGCGCUGCUCCUCAGCGACGUGGACGCCACCCUCGCCCCCAAGUUCACCGCCCUCCGCGCGCUCGGCCUCAGCCGCGCCGACGCCGCCCGCCUCUUCGCGCUCUUCCCCUCCGCGCUCACCUACGGCGUCCACUCCAACCUCCUCCCCAGGGUCCUCCUCUGGCUCGACCUCCUCGGCUCCACCACCUUGCUGAUGAAAUGGCUCGCCAAGGCCUGGCUGCUCAAGUACUCCGUCGACCUGCUCCUCAAGAACCUCGCCACGCUCCGCGCCGUCGGCCUGCCCGAGGCCCGCCUCACCGCCCUCGUCCGCCUGCAGCCCACCAUCAUCAUGCAAUCGCCCGACAAGCUCAAGGCGCUCGUCGCCCGCGUCGACGAGGCCUGCGCCGCGGCUCUCCCGCCCACCUCCGGGAUGUACCCGUGGUGCCUCUUCGCGCUCCACAACGUCGGCGUGCACGCCUUCGAGACCAAGAAGGCGGUCGUCACGACAGGCUUCGGGUGCACCGACGACCAGUUCGCCGACAUGUUCCGCCGCGCGCCCUGCUUCGUGUUCAGCUCCCAGGAGGUGCUGCGGCGCAAGGUGGAGUUCCUGAGCACGGAAUGCGGCCUCGGGUGCGUCGUCAACAACCCCGUGCUGCUCACAUUCAGCGUCGACAAGCGCAUGGCUCCGCGCCUCCGCGCCCUCCAGGCCCUGCGGUCCAGAGGCAUCGUCCUCCGCAAGACGAGCCUGGCCACCGUAGUGAGGCUGCCGGAGGCCGUCUUCUUGGAGAGGUACAUACACAGAUACAAACAAGAUGUUCCUCAACUCCUAGAGCUCUAUCUUGAAUCUCAAGGACAGACACAAAUAAACUAGUGUUGUAUGGAUGAGUUUGCAACAUACAGCUUAUGACUGAUCACCAUCUUGUGUUGUUAACUGAA